GCCUUAUAGUUUACUGUUAAGAUGUGGUGUCGGAUCAGUAUUCUGAUCUUAUGCCCAUUAAUAGAGUUCUCUCCUCUUCUCGGUCUCCCCUUAGAUAGGACCGCAAGUGCACGGUUAUAUUGAAGAAAAUGAAGAAAAGGGCGCCAAUCAUACUGUUUCCAUACAACCUGUACAAGAACUGUUAAGGAGUGAAAAUUCAUAUCUCUUACUUGUUACCAUCUCAGUUUUUGUCCUAUUGUUGAAUUUAGUUCCCAUUGGACUGCUGAUAAUAUGACAUUAUUCUCAUUUGGAAGGUAGUUGAUUUGUCAUUUUCUAUGCCUUCUUUAACUCUAAGAUAAAUAUGUAUUCUUUUCUAUAUCCUCUUUUCUACAGAGUUUUGUAGAAAAGAUGGUCUCAUUUAGAUAGUUUAGGCAUUUGGGGAAAAACAUGUAGAAGUAACAGUACUAAGCGUAGAAUUGAGGGAAGACAAUCCAAUAGUUAGAGGUAACUAGUAUAAACAGAAGAAAACUAUAGACCAAGUAAUUUAGUAAAAUUUGAAUUUAAUUGGUGUGUCCUUAAACAUGAUUUAUGUUACAACAUUUUGAUUGAUCCAUAUGACUAACAUCACUAAGUAGGAAAAAGUCUUUGUUGUUGAUUCUUAGUUUUGAUGACACUAGCAUCCCUUUGUCUCACUCAUCAACUUAAUAUAUAUAUAGUGGUUCACAGGGCUGAUUAUCUAAAAACAAUUGAGAAGAAAUUUGUUAAAUUUUAAUAUGAACACACAGAAAGCUUGGUUCUAUGAGGAGUAUGGUCCUAAGGAAGUCCUUAAGCUGGGGAGUUUACCAAUUCCCACUCCUCAGAAUAAGCAACUACUUGUCCAAGUUCAUGCUGCUGCAUUAAAUCCAAUUGAUUUCAAGAGGCGUCUACGUCCUAUCUUUCCUUCUGAUUUCCCUGUGGUUCCGGGCUGCGACAUGGCUGGUGUCGUGAUAGGAAAAGGUGCUGAUGUUGCUAAAUUUGAUAUAGGCGAUGAGGUCUAUGGCAACAUCCAAGAUUUCAAUGCUGAGGAAAAACCAAAGCAGCUUGGAACUUUGGCACAAUUCAUUGUGGUGGAAGAGAGCUUGGUUGCAAGAAAACCAAAAUGUCUUUCUUUUGAGGAGGCUGCAAGCUUGCCUUUGGCAGUUCAGACAGCAAUAGAAGGCUUCACCACUGCAAGUUAUAAGAAGGACCAGACAAUUUUUGUAGUUGGUGGAGCAGGAGGGGUAGGGAAUUUGGUUAUUCAGCUUGCCAAACAUUUGUAUGGAGCUCCUUAUGUGGUGGCCACAACUAGUACCCCAAAAGUGGAAUUUGUCAAGCAGUUAGGUGCUGAUAAAGUGGUGGACUACACAAAGAUUAAAUAUGAAGACAUUGAGGAGAAGUUUGAUUUUCUUUAUGACACAGUUGGGGAUUGCCAGAAAUCUGUUGUGGUAGCAAAGGAUGAUGCAGCAAUAGUUGACAUAACAUGGCCUCCAUCACAUCCCAGAGCAGUUUACUCAAGUUUGACAGUCUCUGGGGAAAGCUUGGAAAAGCUUGAGCCAUAUUUGGAAAGAGGGGAGCUCAAAGCUGUGAUUGAUCCCACAGGUCCAUAUCAUUUUGACAAUGUGAUAGAGGCAUUUAGAUAUCUAGAAACUGGAAGAGCUUGGGGAAAAGUUGUUAUCUCAUGCUUCCCUUUGGGGGAUCCUCAUCACUCUCCCAUUUUAUCUGGGGCCAAGACCAAUAUAGGAGAGAAUGGCAAUGGCUUCUCAGAAGAUGUUUGCCUGAAGUAGAGGCUCAUAUUAUAGAUAUUCAUAUUAUUUUGUAAUUCAUGAAUCAAUAAGAUGAUUAUUAUGUGAAGGUAGAUGUUGUAAGAUUACCAUUGCACUUCCAUGAUGUAUUACUAUUUACUAUAUGAAGGAUAACGAUUGGAAUAAGGUUCUGUCAAAUAUAAGUGCAUCUGUACAAUGAAUCCUAGAGGCAAAAUUAAUUAUGAAGAGAACCUUUUGUGAGUA